AGAAAUAGGACACCCAUAGGGGUUUUGAUAGGGAUAGCAUCAAAGGGGCAGGCUACACUCAGGAAUGCAGUAAAAGUUCUACAGCAUUUGUGUUCAGCACAUUCUUUGCUUGUGAUCUGUUAAUUACUCACUAACAUUUGACAAUUUAUCAUGUUAAUGGUCAUAUUUAGUUGAUGCAUUCAGGCACUAUAACUGCUAUUGUAUGUAUGAGGUCCUACAGCUAGACCACUUGUUACUUCCUGGACUGAGUCACUGCUCAACUUGAUUAGAAAAGCCAUACAUGACAAGCGAGGGAGGGGCGCUCCAUGUUGAACCAACACUUUCUCGCCAUACACAUGUCUACUGGAAGACCAGUAAUUGUUAUAAGGUCCUGCACAAAGAGGAGUGGAUGUGGAGUGAAACAUUAACAUGGCCUUUUCUUAUUCAUUGCAUUUGGCUUGGAGUGAUGGGAGUUGAAGCCUCAUCAUGGACUGCUGAGGUGCCCAGCUCAGUAUCAGGCCUGCAGGGCUCAUGCAUCGUGAUUCCCUGCUCAUUCAACUACCCAGAACCAGAGAAGAAGCCCUCCAAAUUCACUGGCAUCUGGUUCAAAGGCACCCAUGAUACUAUAUACCACCCGGACAGCUCCAACAUCAUCAAAGACUACAGGGGUCGUACAGAGCUGGUGGGAGACCUCCGGCAGAAGAACUGCUCUCUCAGAAUCGACCACCUCCAUCGCAGUGACAAAGGACCUUUUCAUUUCAGGGUUGAAAUUAAAGACGAAAACAAGUAUUCCUACAUACAUGACACGGUCUCCAUUGCAGUGAGCACCUCUCCAGACCCCCCCUCUCUGUCAGUGAGGGAGGAGGUGAAGUUGGGGGUGGAGCUGUCUGCCUCCUGCUCUGUGUCUCACUCCUGCCCAUCUGAUUCCCCUCUCCUCACCUGGAGCCACUCCGGAACACCCAGUGUCCAAUCACAGCAGCUGACCAACGGCCAGUGGAAAGUGACAUCAUCCCUGACCUUUAUCCCCAGCAUCACUGACCACAACCAGUCUCUGGUCUGCACAGCAGAACACAGGGGAGUGAAGCCAGUGAAAAUGUCCAAAACUCUCAAUGUCAAAUAUGCCCCAGUGGAUGUGAAGGUGGAGGGAGUGUCCAGUGUGAAGGAGGGAGACUCUGUGGAGCUGAGAUGCUCCAGUGACAGUAACCCUGCUGCACACAGCUACCGCUGGCACAACAGUAGAGGUCCUCUGCCCACCACUGGACCUACCAUCACACUGGAGAAUGUGACCAGACUCACUGAAGCACUCUACUGCACUGCCAUCAACACAGAGGGACAAGGCUACUCUAGCCCAAUGAAGCUCAAUGUAGAGUACCCCCCUGAGAUCAAAGUGGGCUCUGCCUGCACUUCAGACGUCUCCACGGUAACCUGUCUGUGCAUUGUGGACUCGGAGCCCCCCGGCACCGUGGAGUGGUCUCUUCCAGAUGGACCCCUGCCCACCUUGCCCAGUACCAGAGUGGAGAGGCAUGGGUCAGUUACCAUGGUGACCCUACAGAGGGCACUAGGCUUCUCCGAGACGUUCCACUGCCAUGCCAGCAACACACAGGGCAAUGCCACUUUGUCCUGCACUGUGUCCACAAAUGAUAAGAAGUUGAUGCUGUACAUUUCAAUUGGUAUUGCUGCAUUAGUGGUGGUAGUAAUACUAAUUUCCAUGUCAGCUUGCCUUUUGAACAGGAAGGGUAGGAGGAGUCGUAGUGACCAGUCAGUAACCAGCAAGCAGGACGUGGACACAGCCACGGGUACUUUUUCACAUCCCUCACCAUCAAGGAAAGAGCAGAAAGACACCAGCAGUGAAAUCCACACAAACUACUACACCAACGAUCAGCUAUAUGGAAACAUGGAAGCUGAGGAGGAUGGCGACCCAUACGAGUGUGUUGGUGGAGACGAUGCAGUCUAUGCUAAUAUGUGAACACAACAGGAAGCAUGUGGAAGUCAGCUGGCCCAGAGCCAGUGGUACUCAGUCUGUCAAAGUUUCCAGUAAAUUAUUAACAUUUUAAGUCAAUGUAGCAGAACAGCUGACUGCUUAUAUUUGUUAGCUUUAUGUAGCUCCAUGGUUCUAAAGGCUAAAGAAAAUGGCACAAUCUUAUUUGGGUUGUGGGUUUGUGUUAUGGCUUUUACAAGUAUUUUUUUUAAAUUAGCUAUGGCUUAGGUUAUUCAGGCUCUUUGGUAUCACAUACACUUAUGUCAGUCUCAUUAAGACUGCAGAACUGUGUACAAGCUGAACUGUGAAUUACAGAACACCAUCUAACACAUUAACUGGCAUGACAUUCCGUCUCAUGGGAGGCCAUAAAGCUUCUAAAAGUCUUCUAAUAGGCGGCCACCUCUACAAUGUAUUCAGUCAAAAUGCAUGUUUUAUUGUACACAAACCAAAAGCAUACCAAAGGCACUAACAAGCAUUUAAAUGUGUUUAAACUACUACGAAUAUGUCAAAAUUAAUCUCCCUCCAUGCACCCCCAGUAACCCAGUAACCCCAAAAAAAUACUCAGUUUUCACCAUCACUGUAAAGCCCUAGUCAUUUUGUUGCUUUUGAUGAAGUUAUUUCUGAAGAUUAUUAUUUAUUUUAUGUGAAAAGUGAUUCCUUUGUCUGUUACGUGAUCUGAACUCUCGUUUUAAUAUAGUGGAACUAUUCCUUUUUAAAUUAUAUUGUAAAAGCAGGCGAGCUGGUUAUACUCUUUUGGCCAUUUUCUGGUGUUUUGUGGUGAAAAACUAGCAUAAUACGGCAACCCUGUUAGACAGGCUACAAAUGUUUAACAAUUUUAAAUUAUUUGUAAAUCUUGCAUUCAACUGACCCUCCCUGUUGCACACAACAAGCUUCCAUUCUUCUUGUCACAAGGGUACAUGGCUGAUUUAACUAGUAAUUACCAGUUGGAGGGGAGUUCAAGUGGAUUUUUCCUAACUAUCCACUGUAGAGCUUCACAAUACCAUUCAUUUGAAGCACAGGCUACUGUGGCUAUUUGAUCAUAAUGUAGGCCUACCAAAGUGAUUUACCAUCAAAAACAUUGGAGAAAAUGCAUCCCAUUACAUUUUAACAUGGAAAUAGCUGUUCUAUCAUUCAGCCUACAGUAGCAUCCAAUGUGCGGUGUUCAAUGUAGGCCUACAUUCCAUGAGACAUAAAAAAAAUAUUUAAAAAAACAUGCAGGGAUUGAUAUUAAACUGUUAAUCCACUUGUCCUUCAGAGAAGGAGGUGACUGAAAAUGUUGUGGUGUUUGAUGCAAGAAACAUCUUUACAAAAUAAAAUGCAUUAUUAUUCCCAUACCGUUAUUACAGAGAAUCAGACAAAUUAUUCUACUCUCUGUCUAUUGGCUACUUAGCUUAUUUAAGCCUGUGUCAAAAUACAACACUGCUCCUUUAAUACAAACAAAAAAGCUCUUUAACUAACUCACUUUUCUAAGAUGUCUCUAAAUGUAUGUAGGAAGCAAUCACUCCUCCAUUGCUGACUACAAAUGAUCUAUAACUGGGCUAAAAACACACUAACUAGCAAAGAAUGUGAACAUAAUGUGCAAAUGUGGCUACAUGCAACUCUCGCUUUGAUCUCAAAACAAGCUCAUCUACUCAUGACCGCUAAAUGCUAGAAACACAGUCCAGUUCAAAGUAAAUGGCACCGAUCCAUAUAUGGCAAUGGUCUAUUUGCGUAUAGUCCUACUGCAGCUCUGAUUGUAAUGCUGCACCAGUUUGUGUAGAGUACGGUCUGUGUAGACUAGAGUAUGGGCUGAGUAGUGAAUGUCAAUACAAUAGAAUCCUACUCCGAUGCAUUCUGCCUACAAUAAAAUCUGUUGCAUAGUU